CGUGGAAUAGGGUUCAUAGUUGAGAAGAGAGAGCAGCAACACUGUGAAAAGAAGUUUAGGGAAAUCAUUGUAAUGUUAUGGAGAUGAAGGUGUGAAGGGAAGGCUGUGAGUAUAAGACAUGAUCACCUAUUUGCUUCAACCUCUGGAGGAUUGGUAUCGUUCUUGUCAUAAUGUCUGCCUUUUGAGCAUGGAUUCUAGCUUCCAAUGGAACUCCUGCUGUGAUCUAGACUUGUAGCGCUUGGAAAGUUCUGUAGUUGUUUUUUUGCCAAUGACAGCUGUACUGUGAUCCUUAUUUUGACUAUUCUUGUCUCAACUCAGGGAUGUCCUAUUUUCUUCAGUCAUACUACUAUUCUCACUAAUUUGUAUAACUAACCUCAUGAAACAUGUAUCUUCUACAGAAAUAAACUCUUGUAAAGUUGGCAAGCUAUAUCAUCAUAUAAAGAAGACUGAGGUUGUGGACUUGUCUAAGUCCAAUGGGAACUUGCUGGCUUGCUGCAGUCAAGUCGUCUUCAGCAAUAGUCAAUUGAAACACUACGGAAAUACUGCCGGCCGGGCUCUCCUUCAAGUUGAAGGGCAGAUGUACGGGCCCGAGGAGGCAGCGCAGACAGCGCAGUGUCCUCCCUUCUCCUGGGGCCAUCUCAAGAACGUUUCCCCUCCGUUCCGCCGGCACGGCGAUCCACCUGAUUGCGGCUAUAAAUCUCACGAGCUGGUUUGCAGCGACACCAAGGCCACAAUUCGCAUCAACAAUGCAACAUACUACGUGACUCGCAUUAUCCAUUGGAGCCUUUUCGUCGUCGUUGACACAGACUUGCUGAAUUCACAUAACAGCAGCUGCCCUCUUCCGCGGCGGCAGCAUCAACCUCCACACGAGCGCAUAUCCAUGGCCCCUACCAGUGACGGAGUCCAAGUAAUUGAACUGGCCCCUUUUACAAAUAGGUGGGCUGCAUUUGUGAAUUGUUCCAAGGAGAUAACGAGGAAUGUCAGGUACAAACCCGUCGCUUGCCUGAGCACCAGCCAUUCCUUCGUCUACGUGCUGACUGGCUCGGAGUCAGAAACUGUUUAUGUUGAGAGCCUAGAGCCUUCUUGUGGGUACCUGGGCAUGACACCUCUGGAUGACAGGGGAGCGUCUAUCAAUGCAAGCUUAAGCUAUGCUGAUGUCCUGAAAUACAUGAGGAAAGGGUUUGCCAUUGGAAUUUCUUCUUCAUCAGGGACAUAUCACUUUGAUUUUAGAGCAUGCCUGGCAGAGUCCGUUAGCAUAUUUCGUCAAACAAUGGUGCCAUCGUCUGAUAUAUACAUCAAAAAUCGACUUCUAGCAAUCCUUUUAGCGUAUGGGCCUUUCUGGCAGUGCAUAAUGGCUCCAGUUAAAUUGCCUCGUGUUGCAUACGAGUUUGCAAUUUACGGAACAGGACCAGCCAUGUCCAUUCUGACUUGGAUUGCAGUACUAUGCAGGUUCCUGUUGGCGCCGCUUGUUGUAUUAACCUUCCUUUCCCACAAAUACUGGAAAGCAAGGAUCACAAUCGAUGCAGUUGAGAAGUUCCUCCGAAUGCAAGAGAUGCUCAGCCCAAUGAGGUAUGGCUACACAGACAUCAUUGCAAUCACAAGCCAUUUCAGAGACAGGCUAGGCCAAGGAAGCUAUGGGACUGUGUAUAAAGGCGUAUUGCUCCCGGGCAAUAUCCAUGUUGCCGUCAAGAUGCUAAAUGGCAACUCCAACUGCAACGGAGAAGAGUUCAUCAGUGAGGUCUCUACCAUUGGCCGGAUCCACCAUGUCAAUGUGGUGCGCCUGGUAGGGUUCUGCUCUGAAGAAAUGAGAAGAGCGCUUGUCUACGAGUACAUGCCUCGGGGUUCUCUUGACAAGUACAUCUUCUCAUCCGACAAGAGUUUCUCCAGGGAUAAGCUAAAUGAAAUCGCGUUGGGCAUAGCCAGAGGAAUCAACUACCUGCAUCAGGGGUGUGAUCUGCAGAUUCUACACUUUGACAUCAAGCCACACAACAUCCUUCUAGACAAGAACUUUGUUCCAAAAGUUGCAGAUUUUGGUCUCGCAAGGCUAUACCCAAGGGACAAGAGCUUUGUGCCGGUGAGCGCUGCACGAGGAACAGUAGGUUACAUUGCCCCUGAGAUGAUCUCUCGGAGCUUUGGUGUUAUAUCAAGCAAGUCCGACGUUUACAGCUUCGGGAUGCUACUAUUGGAGAUGGCCGGAGGAAGAAGGAAUGCUGAUCCGAAUGCAGAGAAUUCAAGCCAGGCAUACUAUCCAUCACGAGUGUACCGUCAGCUGACCCGACAAGAAACAGGUGAGAUCACCGCUGCCGCCGACAUGCAUGAGUUGGAGAAGAAGCUCUGCAUCGUUGGAUUGUGGUGCAUCCAGAUGAGGUCUUGUGACCGACCGAUGAUGAGCGAGGUGAUAGAGAUGCUUGAAGGUGGUGUUGAUUGUUUGCAAAUUCCUCCUAGGCCAUUCUUCUGUGACGAUGACUACAUCCCGGCAAUGGAGUCGCUGUAUCUGUCCUCCGAGCUGGAGCUGGCUGCCAUCUCCGAGGAGAAAGACGAGGAGAGUAUCACUGAGUUGAAUUAGCUAGUGGAGUACGUAGCAAGUAUAGUGUGUCUAUGUCUUUUCGUGAGCAGGUUGUGCUCAAGCCUGUGAUGAUUGUAGACAGUCACACAGAUGCAGUUUCUAUGCUCCUAUUCCUAUAUUCCUGUAGAAUGCGUAUAUGUGGGCUUGUACGAUUUAUUAUCCUGUGCUUCAUCUGUAUGAAUGCAUGCAAAAAUCGAGCUAAGCUAGUGUUCUGUGUUGGUCGGCACUGUUGCUA